AAUUAGCAUCCCUGAGCGGGCACACGGACGGAAAGCUAGCUUCCUUUCCAAUCCAUCGGGCUAGAGAGACGAGGCAAGAGAAACAGGGAGCGCGCGAUAUAAGGGCGGAAAGAAGGAAGGAACGGAACGGACGGGCGGCUAGAAGAGGAAGCAGAGGGGGAGAAUAAGAAUAGAGUUUAGCGAAGCAGCAGCUAAUGGCGUGCCGCUUCCUGUACACCCCCGCCGCCGCCUUGGUCGCCCUCCUGCUGCAGGCGGCGGCGGCGUCCGCCACCUUUCCUGCGGACGGCGGGCUCCUCUCCCGGCCGGCGGCGGCGGCGCUGUCCUUCGAGGAGGGAUACACGCAGCUGUUCGGGGACUCCAACCUCAGGCUCCACGGGGACGGGAAGCGCGUCCACAUCUCCCUCGACGAGAGAACAGGUGCCGGGUUCGCGUCGCAGGGCGCGUACCUCCAUGGCUUCUUCAGCGCCCGCAUCAAGCUGCCCUCCGACUACGCCGCCGGCGUCGUCGUCGCCUUCUACAUGACGAACGGGGACGUGUACGAGAAGACGCACGACGAGCUGGACUUCGAGUUCCUGGGGAACGUGAGGGGGAAGGAGUGGAGGGUGCAGACCAACGUGUACGGCGACGGCAGCACCUCGGUCGGCCGGGAGGAGAGGUACGGCCUCCCGUUCGACCCCACCCAGGACUACCACCGCUACGCCAUCCUCUGGACCAAUCGCACCAUCGUGUUCUACGUGGAUGAGACGCCGAUCAGGGAGGUGGUGCGGAGCGAGGCCAUGGGGCUGCAGUUCCCGUCCAAGCCGAUGUCGCUGUACGCCACCAUCUGGGACGGCUCCAGCUGGGCCACGUCGGGGGGCCGGUACAAGGUGGACUACAAGUACGCGCCCUACGUCGCCGAGUUCGACGACCUCCUGCUCCGCGGCUGCGCCAGUAGCAGUAGUAGUACCGGGGCGUGCGAGCUGCCGGAGGAGGACUACAUGGACUCCGGGGAGCGGUCGGCCAUGGAGAGGUUCAGGGCGAGGCAUCUGACUUACGGGUACUGCUACGACCGCGCCCGGUACCCCGCGCCGCUGUCGGAGUGCAGGGUCGGCGCGGAGGCCGCGAUGUACCUGCCGUCGGGUGACCGGCGCCGGCGCGGCAAGCGCCACCGUCGAGCCGGCGCCGAGGACUCCGCCAUCUGACGAUCUUAGAUUCACUGAUGAUCGGCGUAGCUAGUGCGUGUGGUCUCGAGUGUGUGCCCUGUGUUAUGUGCGACGUGAUUUAUGAUUAUGAUCAGGUUACCGGCUUUCCUCUUCGCA